UGUAUACUGAACAGCUGUGUAGUACACACGUUCUUAGGACACCCGAAGCUUGUGCAAUAUACCAGAGAUGAUCUCUGAUUAUACACACAUAUAUAGUUAUGUACGCGAAGAGACAGUGACAGACUGACAGUACCUGUUUUCGCCAUAGUUAAUUCCCGGCGCCUCUAUAUACAUCUUUAAUAAUCACUGACGUGUAUUGUGCUCGCGACGCAUCUGUAUAGUGGUGGUGGUGCUCAACUGAAGUAACUCUCCUCGACGACGACGACGACAUACACCCGCGUGAGAGAGAAGAAAAAGUAGUGUGAUAAUGCGUCGAACAAGCAUGUAAUAACGCGCCGCUGCGAAUGUUCCUCUCCUUGGCGACCACCCGAAAAAGGGAGCGUAGCCUAGUCGUUGUCGUUUGUUUCCUUGCUGCUGCUGCUGCUGCUGCUGCGGCGACAUUCGUUCAGGAGCCUACCCAUAACAAUUCCAAUCACAGGAAUAAAGUCAGUUGAUCCUGGCUUCUAAGUGCUUGCAAAAUAUCAGUUGACAUUUCAAGAAAUCAGUUGUCAACAUGGAGCUGGACAUAAAAACGGUACUGCUGAAUUUUGCCAUAAUUAUUAUGAGGGUACCACCUCUGUUUGUUAUCGAUGAACUACUGAGGACUAAUAUGGGAGUGCCCGAAGAUCCAAUAGUGCUGGAGAAUACCGAGAAUAAUUACAGAAUGGCAGAGAUGCAAGAUAGUGUUGUUGAAUCACUUGUUAACGCUGCUGCAAAUCUUGCGUUUAGUUCAUCCAAUUGUUCAGAGGGAGAUGGUUUGCAUUUCACUGGUAUCGUUUAUUCUUACCGAAUGCCUUUUUUGGCAUUAUUGAGGAUUCUAGCCAGUUGCAUAGGUUGCUUGGCUGCCCUUUAUGUUUUCAUGCUGCGAAGAAAAAAUCUUUUAAUUGUCUACCUUUACUUGGCAUCAAUCGGCAUGGUUUUUCUUUCCUAUUGGUCCAAUGUUACAACCAUCAAUACAAUUAUUGAAUACCUUAAUAUUAAAGGAGAUGGAAGUAGUGUUCUGGCUGAAGUUCUUAGUUUGCAAUUUUCAAAUCUAAUAUAUAAUGGUCCUGGUCUCAUGAUUGUUCAAAACUAUAUUUUGCAAACCAUACUUGCAUAUUUAUUCUGUCACAUUCAUCUUGCUCCAAAACAUCAUUUUAUCCAAAGAAUAUUGACUAUCAGCUUUUUAUUACCAUCGCAUGCUGGAGUCUAUCCUUUUAGUGUAAGUUUAAUGACUCGAUCACCGACAAUAGCGGCAUUCGUGCCGCUGUUUGUUUGCAAGUAUGUGAUCUGGGCAAACCUUAGUGCAAUAAAACAAACGCUGUAUCAGGGAUAUGCGCAAGGUCGCACCUUUAUAACAAACUACGGUCUAACAGCUUUGGCAGAAACACAAUGGACGCGUCUUCAUGUGCCAUCGGUGUUACGAGUCUUCUGGAUAAUUCGAGUGACGGAGCAGCUGUUGCAGAUAUUGAGUAGCGAGGAUUGGUCUAGCAAAGAUUUCAGUUAUGUGGAGUUGGGCAAAACAUUGAUGGUCAACGGUUGCGAGACUUUACCUGCAGUGCUGGGGAUGACAAGCAUCGUCUCGGUCAUCUGCCACUACAUCGGUACUUUCUUUUAUUGGGUGUUGUUGAUCGACGACGAGGAUGAAAAAAGUAUCGGCGCGGUAUCCGCAAUGCUGUUCUAUAUCCUGGCACUUCAGACCGGACUGACUACCUUGGACAAGGAGAAAAGAUUAUUGAGACUCUGCAGAAAUCUAUGUCUUCUAUUCACGGCAAUUCUGCUGUUCGUGCAUAAUACGGUGAAUCCGUUGCUGAUGUCAUUGAGUGCUUCGCACAAUCCAGCCUUGCACAGGCAUCUACGCGCGCUCGGAGUGUGCCUCUUUCUCAUAGUCUUCCCCACGUGGUUACUCACUUACCUCUGGUCACAUUAUACUUUAAGCACUUGGCUAUUGGCUGUGAGCGUUUUCAGUGUCGAAGUCAUUGUCAAGGUCUUUGUGUCGCUUGCCAUCUACUCGCUCUUCCUAUACGAUGCCUAUCGCAAGACUUUCUGGGACGAACUUGAUGACUGGGUCUAUAUUAUUCGAUCCUUCGGCAAUACAGUGGAGUUCAUGUUCGGCAUCGUACUUUUCUUCAAUGGCGUGUACAUUCUAUUCUUCGAGGCAGGUGGUUUUGUGAGGGCAAUUCUUAUGUGUGUACACGCUUAUUUCAACCUCUAUUGCGAAGCGCGAGCGGGUUGGAGUGCAUUUAUGAAGCGACGACAGGCAGUUGACAAGAUCAACUCGUUGCCCGAGGCGAGCGAAAAGCAGAUUCAAGAAUUGGCCGACGUCUGUGCUAUCUGCUAUCAGGAGAUGGAAAGCGCACGUAUAACCAGGUGCAACCAUUAUUUCCACGGCAUUUGCCUGCGCAAAUGGCUUUACGUGCAGGACAAGUGUCCUAUCUGCCAUGAGAUCAUGUACAAGAAAAGUACACCUGUCGAGGCAGAAGCGAGCGAUGAGGCGCAGAUAGAUGCACAGGCCAACAGGCUCAAUGUUCAAGGUAACAAUCUAGCAGAGGCUGACAAUCAAGUUAACAACAAUACCCCACACUCGACUUUGAGGAAUCAUUUAGCAAGAGCUUAUUUGCCGCAAGAUCAAGCAGUCGGGGGAAUCGAAGAGUCGGUCGACUAUGUAAUGUUAUGAUAAAUGGCAGAGUUGAACUAAAACAUUUGAGAAACAAAAAAGAAAUAAUUACAAUUCUUUAAAACUUAGAGUUUUUUCAUAAGUUAUAAGGUUUUAUCAGAACGAAAAAGACAAGAAAUCAGGAAUGGUCAUGUACGUUACCGGUGUGAAUUGUCGGAGUAAAUUUUUAAUAUUUCCAUUUUUUUGACGUCGUACGUUGUUAUUAUAAAUUUAAAUAAGAUUUUCACUUAUUUUCAAGAGGUUUUUCAGCAUUUAAUUUGUAUGUACUUACCAGCAACUUAAAAUAUUUUCAAGAUCAUUCUAUUUGAGACUCAUUUUUAAAUAAUGUAACUUGUUAAACAUUUUCAUACAGCAUAUUUUUGAAGCUAAAACCAAUUUUUGAUAAAUCAAUUACACGUCAGUUUUGCUGAUGCAUAUAGCAACAAUAGCAGUUUGAGGUGACAAAUAAAACGUUCAGUGAUAUUGUUUCAUAAUAUAAUUUUUAUUGAAUAUAAUAAUAUAAUUUAUCGCGUUAUUUUAGUCAAUAGAUAGCUUAUUUUCAUCAUAUUGUAUUUAUUAAUUCAUCCAAAAUUGAUAAGAUACGUAAUAAGACUUUACGAUAAAUAAAUAUGUAUCUAUUGUUCAUAAUUAUAAUAAGUAAAGUUUACUCAAGUAGGAACACUAAAAAUGAACUUGUUCGAACUGUAGUUUUUAUUACAGGACUUUGAAGAUUUGCUGAUAAAUGUUGAUGUCCUAAAAUAGUUUUCAAAAAUUUGUAUCAUAUAAAAAGUUAUAAACCAAUGUUGUUUUACGUAUCUUUAUUUUUAGAUUGUAAAUUCUUAAUAAAUAUUGAGUGAAAGGUUAUGAAUAUCUCUUAAUAAGACUAAAAAUAGGACAAAAUUCAAGUAAAAUAAUUUUUUUAUAAAAAAUUACUUAUAAAUAAUACAUUUAUUAAUAAAUAAGUGAAAAUUUAACUAAGUUCUCCUAUAGGUAGGAAGAAAUUUUUUUCAUAAUAUUAUUCUUAAAAUAUAAAUAACGUUUUUUUCGAAAACCAAAUUUAAUAUAUUUUAUAAACAAAAAAGUUACGAAUGUUGACGUUUGGCUAGAUAGACGUGAGGCCCAUUGCCGCUCGACGCGUACGAACGCGUUUCUGCGUGCGCGUGAAGUGUGCCUUUUUCAAUUGUUUAAAAGUAAUUUUUUUAUAUGCAACGUCUUACAUUAAUAGCAAAAGUGUGAGUAGCGAGUUAGACACUUCAGUAGAAGGUUGUCAGAUUGUCGUCGCUUGUAUCAUGAUACCACCAUCUGAAUGCUACAAUUCUUUUGAGAGAAAAGGACAUAAUAGUUAUAAAAAAAAAUUUUAACGUUUAUGUCGAAAAAAAAUUAACGGGAAUUUCACUGGUUUUUUUUUUAGUUAUAAAUUUAGUACAAAAAUGUAUUAGUCUGUUUGUGAUUAAUGUAAAAAAUAUAACAAUAGUUACAUGUCAGUAUUAUUUAACUAUUUUCCUACAAAAUUUAUAUGUUAACUUAAACUACUUUUCUGUGAAUAAUUAAACGUGUAGCUCGGGGUAGUCAAGCGAGUCGUGCGGCAAUAUGUCUUGUGCCUAUUAGACCGCACACAAAUAUUCGUAACUGUUUUGUUUAUGAAAUGUACUAAAAUUUUUUUUCGAGAAAAUAUUUUGUACACUUUAGAGAAUAAUGUAGCGAAAACAUUUUAUUCCUACUAAUAGAAGUAAUUGAUUCAAUUUUCAUUUCUUUAUUAAAAAAUGUAUUAUUUAUAAAAAAUUAUUUUUAUUUUUAUGAACAUUUUAUUUCAUUCAAAUUUUGAGCUAUAUUUAGUCCUAAAUUAUAAGGAAUUCAUAAACUUUCACUCAAUAUUCAUUAAAAAUGCACAAUUUGAAUAUAAAGGGAUAUAACACUUUUAUUUAUUUGUUUAAAGCUUUUUAAAUAAUAGAAUGUUCUUAAAAACAUUUUUAAACAUCAAUGUUGAUCAAUAAAUCUUUAAAUUCCUACAAUAAAUAGUUUGAAUCAAAUGAGUUCAUUUUUAAUGUCCGCAAUUGCGAAAACUUUACUCAAUACAAUUAUAGUUUUUGCUCAGAGUAGACUUGAGUUUAUGGUCAAUCUUGAGUGAACAUCUAAAUUAGGCAAAAAAUAAUUUUACUCAAGAAUUCAGUACGUGAAAGAAAUAGCCGAAGGCUGUUUUCAAGCUGAAUUUUUCAUCAAAUUUUUCAAGAACUGAAUAUAUUUCACAGUAAUCAUAAAAAAAAUCAUUUUGAAAGUUUUUGUUUGUCAAAUGUCUAAUAAAACAAUAAAAAUAACGAAUAAACCAAUUCGCAUAAAAAACAAAUUUAAACACAAAAAUGAAAUUACGUACUAUUGGCAACAUUUUUUUGCAGUCGAAAUAUAUGUAUAUAUAAUAAUAAAUUUAUAAUUCUUUAAAAGUUAUCUAGCACGUUUGUAAAUAAUUAUAUUCCACGUUUAAAUCAACUUAACGCUGAUUUAUCUCAAUAAUCUAUUUUAAUAGUAAUUAUAAUAUUUUGACUCGGGUUUUCUGUGCUAUAUAUUUUUGGCGGCAUAACAUUUCUCUGAUUGAACUAUUUAAGCACAAUCUGUUUUUCAAUUAUAUAUAUUUAACAAAUGAAAUAUUUCCAUGUAAUUCCAGUGUGUGGGAUUAUUUUUCUACAAUCAAGAGCAUUAUGUCUAGCAUUAUGCUGAGAGCUUGCCAAGUAUACAUUAAGAUAUAAUUUUUCUAUAAAAUCGCUAAAAAAUAAACAAGUAAUGGCGUUUUGUGAUGGUGAUAGAGAAGAUAGAUCGGCAAAAUUAUACGAUUAAUUCUUAUUGAUCAAGUACCAUAUAUUGUAGGCGUAGUCGAUAUUUUUAAUGAAUAUCUUGGAAAAAAAUCAUUUACGAUUUUUAUUAUAUUGUUAACUCCUUGGGUUAUAAAACACCUUUUAUGUUUCUCACAAAUACCCGUUAAUGCAUAUAUCAUGUACAAUAAAAAGUUUGUUUAUAAUCAAUAAAGGC